CGCUUCGGGCCGUAAGGACCGAGCGGCUGCAGUGGCAGACGUGCUGGGAACUGCAGGCUGCAACCCUGGGGGACGCCCCAAGGGACAAGGGGAGUCAGGAAAGCCUGACUACCCCCUUUCAGGUAGAAAAAGAAACGGCACUCUUUUUCCCAGGGAGGACACGAAAACCCCUCCCGUCUGAAACCGCCUUCGGUUGGCUUGUACAGACACCAACCGGGCAAAGUUGUUUUUGUCUUGCUGUGUUUUUGAUGUUCAUUGUUCUGUUUUUGUUCGUUACGUGGACCUCAUUUGACGGGAUGGGACAGACUAUGACGACCCCCCUCUCUUUGACCUUAGACCACUGGACUGAAGUGAGAGCGAGAGCGCACGAAUUGUCGGUAGAAAUAAAAAAAGGGCGUUGGCAGACUUUUUGCACCUCUGAGUGGCCCUCCCUCAAUGUGGGUUGGCCCCCUGAGGGGACGUUUAAUCUAACUGUUAUCCUCGCGGUGAGGGCUAUUGUUUUCCAGGAGAGACCGGGGUCCCAUCCUGACCAACGACCAUAUAUUACAGUGUGGCAGGAUCUGGUGCAGAACCCACUCCCAUGGGUUAAGCCAUGGGUAAAAGCAGAAAAACUAAGCCCCCGAGUCCUGGCGCUGCAGGAUGCGGAGACACGGCAAAAAUCGAAAUCAACUCGAACAGCGGAGUCGGAGACCCCUUCGGCCCCCCCCCCCGGGGUCUACCCUGAGAUUGAGCCUCCUCCCGAAUGGCCCCCUUUCUCGCCUCCCCCUUACCCCUCCCCCGCUCCAGGAUCGCAAUCAGAACGGAGGGCGACUGGCUCGGGGCCCUUCGCUGGAACCCGGAGCCGCCGCGGAGCCACUCCGGACGGGCCUGAUACCACGGUGGCGCUCCCGUUAAGAGAAUAUGGAGCUCCGGCGGGACCCAACCAGCUGUCACCCCUCCAGUACUGGCCCUUCUCUUCCUCAGACCUGUAUAACUGGAAAAAUAACCAUCCCCCCUUUUCAGAAAACCCCGCCGGGUUAACCGCCCUGAUUGAGUCCCUAAUGUUUUCCCAUCAGCCCACUUGGGAUGACUGUCAACAGCUCUUACAGGCACUCUUCACCACAGAGGAGAGAGAAAGGAUCACACAGGAAGCAAGAAAAAAUAUCCGAGGCACCAAUGGGCAGCCGGCAACGAUAGCGGAAGCGGAAGAAGGGUUUCCGCACAAUCGACCCGACUGGGACUAUAAUACGGCUGAAGGUAGGGGGGCGCUGUCCGUUUAUCGCCGGGCUCUAGUGGCGGGUCUCCGGGGAGCCGCAAGACGGCCUACCAAUUUGGCUAAGGUAAGAGAGAUUCAGCAAGGACCCACUGAACCUCCCUCCGUUUUCCUAGAACGAUUGAUGGAGGCUUACCGCAGGUAUACGCCCUUUGAUCCGUCCUCUGAAGGGCAGAAGGCCUCUGUCAUAAGAUUACAGAGGCUAGAGGGGCUGCAGGACUAUGACCUGCGGGACGUGAUAAAAGAGGCCGAAAACGUAUAUCAUAAAAGAGAGAGCGAAGAGGAAAAGAGAGAAAGAGAAAAGAGGGAGGCUGAGGAGAGGGAAGACAGGAGAGACAGGAGACAAGAAAAGAAACUGACUAAGAUACUGGCCGCAGUAAUAAAAGCAACAGGGUCAGAUCACAGGCAGUUAGGGAACCUGGGCAACGCCCCACGACCAGGCUCACACAGACGGCAACCCCUGGACAAGGACCAAUGUGCCUAUUGUAAAGAGAGAGGACACUGGGCAAGGGAAUGCCCCAAGAAAAGGGCCACACCCAAGGUGUUGUCCUUAGGAGAAGACGGAGAAUAGCGGGGACGGGGCUUGGGCCCCCUCCCCGAGCCUAGGGUAACCCUAACUGUUGAGGGGACCCCUAUGAGUUUUCUGAUUGACACUGGGGCUGAAUACUCAGUAUUGAAGCAGCCUUUGGGGAAGUUAAAAACAAAAAAAUCUUUGGUUGUCGGAGCCACUGGGCAGAAACAGUACUCGUGGACCACCUCUCGGACAGUGGACUUGGGGAAAGGAAAGGUGUCCCACUCCUUCCUAGUGAUUCCUGAAUGCCCGACACCAUUGCUAGGUCGAGACCUCUUAACCAAGCUAAAAGCCCAAAUAGAUUUUGCUCAACCUCGGCCUACAGUAUCCUGGUCCGCGCCUACCACCAUGAUAUUGGCUUUGGAGCUAGAGGAAGAAUACCGGCUCCACCAGCAGCCUAAACCUAGAGCUCGGCUCAAUGCCGAUAAGUGGCUGAUCGAAUUUCCCGCGGCAUGGGCUGAAACCGGGGGACUAGGGACAGCUACGAGAACUCCCCCAGUCGUGAUAGACCUGAAGGCCGGAGCUCUCCCGAUAAGGGUGCGCCAGUACCCAAUAAGCAAAGAGGCCAGAGAAGGAAUCCGCCCCCAUAUCCAGAGGCUGCUCCAACAAGGAAUCCUGGUUCCUUGCCAAUCUCCUUGGAACAACCCCCUCUUGCCUGUAAAAAAGCCUGGAACUAAUGACUAUAGGCCGGUCCAGGACUUGAGAGAAAUAAAUAAGAGAGUGCAGGAUUUACACCCUACCGUGCCAAACCCAUAUAACUUGCUCAGCUCCCUCCCCCCAUCACGGAAAUGGUACACUGUCUUAGACCUAAAAGAUGCGUUUUUCUGUCUACGACUGCAUCCGAAAAGCCAGUUACUAUUUGCUUUCGAGUGGCGCGACCCUGACAUGGGGGUCGUUGGACAAUUGACCUGGACGAGACUGCCUCAAGGGUUUAAAAACUCCCCUACCCUGUUUGAUGAAGCCCUCCAUAGGGACUUGGCUGAAUAUAGGGUUAAAAACCCUCAAGUGACUCUUUUACAGUAUGUGGAUGAUCUACUACUGGCAGCGGAAACCCCGGGAGACUGUGAGGAAGGAACCAAGCGCCUCCUGGCCGAGUUGGGUGAGUUGGGGUACCGGGCGUCAAGGAAGAAGGCACAAUUGUGCCAGGAGAAAGUAGUCUACUUAGGCUACACACUAAAAGACGGCCAAAGGUGGUUAACCGACGCCCGGAAAAAGACUGUGACUCAGAUCCCGGCCCCAACCUCCGCUCGCCAGGUAAGGGAAUUCCUGGGGACAGCCGGUUUCUGCCGGUUGUGGAUCCCAGGGUUUGCUACCCUGGCUGCUCCACUGUACCCAUUGACUAAGGAAAGUGGGAACUUUGUCUGGACUCUAGAGCACCAGAAGGCUUUUGAGACUCUAAAACGGGCAUUAUUAGAGGCACCCGCGUUGGCCCUACCAGAUUUGACCAAGCCCUUCACCUUGUAUGUAGAUGAAAGAAAGGGAAUCGCCCGGGGAGUCCUAACUCAAGCCCUUGGGCCCUGGAAGCGCCCAGUCGCAUAUCUAUCAAAAAAACUGGAUCCGGUAGCCAGUGGAUGGCCCUCCUGCUUAAGGGCAAUCGCCGCCACUGCCCAGCUGGUAAAAGAUGCAGAUAAGUUAACUCUGGGCCAACAGAUAACCGUAGUAGCCCCCCAUGCCUUAGAAAGCAUUAUCAGACAGCCUCCAGAUCGAUGGAUGACUAACGCCCGGAUGACUCACUACCAAAGUCUGCUCCUAACUGAGAGAAUUACCUUCGCCCCACCGGCCAUCUUAAACCCGGCCACACUACUGCCCGAAGCAGAUGAUGAAAUACCUGUUCACCAAUGCGGCGACAUCUUGGCAUCAGAAACGGGGACCCGACCCGAUCUGCCGGAUGAGCCAUGGGCUGGGGCCCCUAAUUGGUACACCGACGGCAGCAGCUUUAUGGCAGAAGGUAAGAGGAUGGCUGGGGCUGCUGUGGUAGACGGGAAAAAGACUCUGUGGGCAAGCAGCUUGCCGGAAGGGACUUCUGCACAAAAGGCUGAGCUUAUCGCCCUGACACAGGCGUUAAGGUUAGCUGAAAAUAAGACUGUGAAUAUAUACACGGACAGCAGGUAUGCCUUUGCUACUGCCCAUGUUCAUGGGGCUAUUUAUAAACAAAGAGGGCUGCUUACCUCGGCCGGAAAAGAUAUCAAAAAUAAAAAAGAGAUUCUGGGCCUCCUAGAGGCUAUACAUUUGCCUAAAAAGGUGGCAAUCAUCCAUUGCCCAGGUCAUCAGAAAGGCACCGACCCCAUAGCUCAAGGGAACCGCUUAGCAGAUUUGGAAGCCAAGCGGGCGGCACUAGGACCUAUGGUCCUGACUCUCCAGGGAGCUAAGGUCAGCAAAGCUGCCUCCGGUGGGGAACUAACUAAAGAAGAGAAAGUCCUUUCCGUUGCAGAAGGGCGAGAAUAUCUAUCACAUCUACACCGGCUAACCCACUUGAGCCCUCAGAAACUAAUUAAAAUUAUUGAGGCCUCCCCGUACCAGGUACCAGAUUUGAGAAAGGCGGCUGAGGAAAUUUAUAAGGAUUGUAGAGCUUGCGCUCUCACAAAUGCUGCAGUUACCAAAUACCGCACUGGACAUAGACUCCGGGGAGAUAGGCCCGGAACCUUUUGGGAGAUAGACUUUACUGAAAUCAAACCGGCCCGGUAUGGAAAAAAAUAUCUUCUAGUAUUUGUAGAUACCUUCUCGGGAUGGGUAGAGGCUUUCCCCACCCGAAAAGAGACUGCCUCUGUAGUAGCCAAGAAGAUAUUGGAAGAAAUCCUCCCGAGAUUCGGGAUCCCAAAGGUAAUUGGAUCUGACAACGGUCCUGCAUUCGUUGCCCAGGUAAGUCAGGGACUGGCCAGUCAACUGGGGAUCAAUUGGAAAUUACAUUGUGCUUAUAGACCCCAGAGCUCAGGCCAGGUAGAAAGGAUGAAUAGAACAAUUAAAGAGACCCUAACUAAAUUGUCCAUAGAGACCGGCGAUAGUGACUGGACAGCCCUCCUGCCCUUUGCCCUGUUCCGCGUCCGGAACACCCCACAGGGACCCUUAAAACUUACACCCUUUGAGAUCCUCUAUGGAACCCCUCCCCCUUUGGCACAAAUAGGGAUACAUGACCCUGACAUUGUACCUUCUAUACCUUUGUCAGCCUGCUUGAAAGCACUCGAGGCUGUCAGGCGCGACAUCUGGAACCAGCUAAAAGAGGCUUACCAGCCUGGUGAUCUGCUCAUCCCGCACCAAUUCCAGGUUGGGGACUCUGUCCUUGUGAGACGACAUCGGACGGGGUCAUUAGAGCCACGUUGGAAGGGGCCCUACGUGGUGCUCCUCACUACACCCACAGCAGUCAAGGUGGACGGUAUAACUUCCUGGGUUCACGCUACACACGUGAAGAAGGCACCCCAGAAUGCAGCAGAUCUCUGGAAGGUGGAAAAGACUGAUAACCCUCUUAAGUUGCGUUUACGCCGUGGGAACGACGCGCAGGUCAUCCAAUCCUAA